AGACCCUCCCAGCACUGUGGAAGGAAGCGGAAAUAAACGUUGCAAACCUUAUGCUAGUAGCUAGAUUUAGACUCCGAGGACGGGGUGUACGCGACACCAGACAUACAUCGUUUGUUGCCUCUCUAGAGGAAACAGGGACUGGAUAGUUACACGAUAGGUUUUUGUUUGUUACGGUGGCAGCAUCGAAACGGAAUAUCGUAAGUGGUACCUUACUGUGACCUUUAUGUGAGGUCUAAGCCCUAAAGCAACGGGUCAUAGACGGGAGGAGAGACUCGGAGAUAAGCAUCUGGCCACGGAAGCCUGGAUACGGGUUUUUACUUUUUUAUUCAGUCCCUGACACACAACUACAACCAAGCAGUUUUCCAGCAAGCAACAAGGACCAUGGAGGCCAUUGCCAAAUACGAUUUCAAAGCCACUGCUGAUGAUGAGCUUAGUUUCAAGCGUGGAGAAAUCCUUAAAGUAUUAAAUGAAGAGUGUGAUCAGAACUGGUACAAGGCAGAGCUAAAUGGAAAAGACGGCUUCAUCCCCAAGAAUUACAUAGAGAUGAAAGCCCAUCCGUGGUUCUUUGGGAAGAUUCCCCGGGCCAAAGCAGAGGAGAUGCUAAACAAACAGAGGCAUGAUGGGGCCUUCCUCAUCAGAGAGAGCGAGAGUGCACCAGGGGACUUCUCCCUCUCUGUGAAGUUUGGAAAUGACGUCCAACAUUUCAAGGUUCUUCGUGAUGGGGCUGGAAAGUAUUUCCUAUGGGUGGUGAAGUUUAACUCCCUCAACGAGCUGGUGGACUACCACCGCUCCACCUCAGUCUCCCGCAAUCAGCAAAUCUUUCUGCGAGACAUAGAACAGGUCCCCCAGCAUCCCACAUAUGUGCAGGCGCUAUUUGACUUUGACCCCCAGGAGGAAGGAGAGCUGGGUUUCCGACGCGGCGACUUCAUCCAAGUCCUGGACAACUCUGACCCCAACUGGUGGAAAGGAGGUUGCCACGGCCAAACGGGCAUGUUCCCCCGCAACUACGUUACGCCUGUCAAUCGGAACAUGUAAAAAGUCAGACCAUGUAAACAAGAACAACAGCCACAACACAGCAACCAUCACCACCAUCAUAAUCAUCAUUGUUCUUCAUCAGUCCCCAUCCAACCCCCCAACCACUCCUCCACCCCUCUUGGCCAUUCCACGAUAACAGGAGCAGACAGGAAGAAUUCAGACCACUGAAAGAGAGAGAGAGAGAUAAAACAGGAGUAGUGCUGUCGUAGGUGUCGCUGUGUGGGUGGCAGCUGAGCAAAAUCAACUUUUACUUGUGCUGAGAAUGUUCACCGCCCUAUUGAACACCUCGGUGAGGAUUGAACUGUCUUUGAGGGAAAUGUAAAUGCAGAGAAACUAAAUCGUAGUACAACAACCAUGAAGAUAACCAAAUGAUUCUACUGCUCCCACAGCUGCUUCUGUCUUCUCCUAAACUUCUUAACAUUCUGCCUUUUGUGUUUUUUGUUUUUCUUUUGCCGCAUGUUGUUUUAAUCUCCUAAAUGAAAUGCCUACCGAUAAAUCCUAACUCUGUUUUAAAGGAAAAAAAAA